GGUCUCCGGCCCCUCCCUCCCUCCACGGCAGACCCUGGACUACACUAGCCGGGGACGCCUACCCUAGUUCUCGGCGCCAGUUCGUCCGCGGCAUGCCGUGCUGUCGCUGCUCGUGCUACGCGAGUCGUCCGGCCGGGGCAGCGGAAGGUGACCCUAGGCAGGUUUACGGCGUGGUGUGUUUCUGCUUCCGGAUUUAACCCUCAGACCCGGCUCUGAGCAGCCUAGGGGCCUGGACGUGUUCAGUAACGUGCCCUUCCCCCACCACGGAUCAAAGCUACAAGGAGAGUGGGAAUCUGGAACUCUUUGGUGAGAAGAUAAGAUGCCUAUGGUCACAAGGCGGCUGAGAGAUCCUGACAUAAACCCUUGCUUGUCGGAAUCUGAUGCUUCUACCAGAUGUAUGGAUGAAAAUAACUAUGACAGGGAAAGGUGUUCCAAUUACUUCUUGAAGUACAAAAACUGCCGGCGAUUCUGGAAUUCUGUCAUGGUCCAAAGAAGACAAAAUGGAGUUCAGCCAUCUAUGCCUACAGCAGCAGAAAGAGAUGAAAUUUUGAGAGCAAUGCAAAAGAUGCCCUAUUGAGUAUUUGCAUUAAAAUUGUUUUUAUAACUUAAA